GCAUUCUUAUCUAUUUUUAGAUAAAAAAAAUAUAUAAUAAAACCGGCUUCAAUUAAUACUCUUCUAGUUCAUUCUACAAAAAUUUAAUUGAAGGAGCUACAGACUGAACUUCGCUUUGGAUUUAAAUCAAAAUUAAUUUAAAAUGGCAUUAAAGUGGGGCAUUGCUUCAGCUGGUAAGAUAAGCUAUGAUUUUGCUGUAGCUUUAUCAACUUUACCAGAAGACGAACAUAGUAUCGUAGCUGUUGCAGCAAGAGAUCAAAAACGUGCUGAAGAUUUUGCUAAAAAUUUUGAUAUACCAAAAUCUUAUAAUAGCUAUGAACAAUUAGCAAAUGAUCCAGAAAUCCAAAUAGUAUACAUCGGUGCUAUUCAUCCCCAUCAUUAUGAUAUUGGUAUAAUGAUGUUGGAGAAUAAUAAGCAUAUUUUAUGUGAAAAACCAUUAUGUAUGAAUGAAAAACAAGCGAAAAAACUUAUUACAUACGCUGAACGAAAAAAAUUAUUUUUAAUGGAAGCUGUUUGGUCAAGAUUUUUCCCAGCCUAUCAAUAUAUUAGAAAACAAAUUAAUACAGGAUUAUUGGGAGAUAUAGAACAAGUUGAUGUUCAAUUUGGUUUUGAUUUAACUACAGCUGAUAGAGUACAAAAAAAAGAGUUAGGUGGUGGAUGUAUUUUAGAUAUAGGAAUAUAUACAAUUCAAAUUAGUCAAUGGGCUUUUCAACAACCACCUAAAUCAAUUGAAGCCAAAGGUGAACUUAACAGUGAAGGAGUUGAUAUUGAAGUAAAUGCGAAAAUUCAUUAUUCGGAUAAAACAUUUUCUAAUAUAAAAUUUUCUGGAAAGGAGGCUCUGACUAAUACUGCUGUAAUCAAGGGAUCUAAAGCUUCUAUAACUUUAAAAAAUUUUUGGUGUCCUACAACAAUCAUUGAUAUUGAUGGUAAAGAAAAAACUUGGGUACUUCCCGAAUCUAAAUAUAAAACCAAUUAUAUUAAUUCAGUUGGUUUACGUUAUGAAGCUGAAGAGGCUAGAAAAUGUAUUCUAGAAGGAAAAAUACAAAGUGAUCAUAUGAAUCAUAAUGAAUCAUUACUUUUGGCACAUAUUGAAGAUGAAUUUAGAAAACAGGUUGGUGUUACCUAUAAAGAAGAUGAGUAAAGUUGAUCCGAUAUCUUGAUUUUCUAAUAUUUACUAAUAUUUAUAUUAAAAAAAAUUGUUUGGAAUAAAUGUUUUGUAUUUGAAAUAAUUUUUGUUUUACUUAU